AUGGACAUGUCACAUUUAUCUGGUUCAGGUUAUGUUGAAUAUGCCUUAUUGCAAAAUAAACCUGUGGCAUCAUCGCCUAAUCUUUCAUUUUUACAUCUAAUUGGUGUUGCUGGUGGAUUUGGUAUUAGUUUUUGGAUGACAACUAUUCAUGGUCGUGCUGUUCAAUGUAUGUUAACACGUGAAGAAUUGGCAACAGUACAAUCACAUUUAUCAGCUGUUUAUUUUCCACCAACAGCAGUUUUAGCUAGUUUAAGUUUAGGAACAUUUUUACUUCGUCAUCCAUUGAAAAUAUGGUCGAAAGAAGCAAGAAAUUUGGGUAUUGCAUUGUUUGUUGCAUUAGCUGCAGCUGAAGUCAAUAGUCUUGUUCUUAAUUCAUUGGUUACAAAUUUAAUGUUUGAUCGAAAUAAUAUUGAAUUUCUGCAAGCAGCUAAAACAAGUGAUGAUAUUGAAAGAUUAAUUCGUAAUGAUUCAAAAUCUCGUGUUGUAAACAAUAAAUUUUUGUAG